UUUUUCAUUCGAGACCCAUCAUUUCCCUUUUUUGGGACUCUCAAAUGCUCUCAAAGAGGGCAGGGGGAACAUUUUAUAUCAAAUUCUGAAUUUUCUGCAGCAACAUGUUACAACAUAGGUAAGUAGAGGUACUUUAUUUGAUCGAAAUGAGUUGAUUCGUCAAUUCUAGAUAACUUUGUUUCUCAGAAGACAUCCAUGAAUAACAACUAGUUCAUUACGUAAUAAAAGUAGUAGUGGCUGGCAGUGGCAAGUGGAGAGUUGUCAGGUGCUUGACUGCUUGACUGUACAAUUCUCUAUAUAGAAUUAAUUAUUUUUGAAUGUGCAUGUAAGCUAAAAUACUUGACGAUGCUCAAUAGUUCAUUUACCAGUAAUCAGUGAGACCAAAUUACCUUUCAUUAUUAUAUAUUUUUGAACUAAGAAUUAGUAUUCGGUGGCUUCCUUUUGUUUUAUAUUUAUUGUCUUGUUAUCAGCUGUUUAUUACAUACUUACGCUUGGACGAUUAACAUUUUCUCUCUUGUUGAAAACAUUUGAUCAACGAGUCUGGCUGUCUAGACCUUACGAAGUGUAUUCGUUUGUUAUCAGUAAUUUUUGAUUUUGAAAUCCAACAGGUAAGCUGUGCAUAAGUGUAAAACUGUAAAUGCUGUAAUAAAAUUGAAAGUCGUACUCGUACAUAUUCGAAGCACUUUAUGUCGAGAAGUUUGCUCAAUACUAUCGUUCAAACCCAUCGUAUGGUAAUAAGCAGGUGUGCAAAUAAGUACCAAAGAGCUUCAUAUUGCACGAAGAUGCUCAAAGAAUCGCCUCUUUUACCGGAUAUGCCCAGUGGUGGGCCUCUGGACGUAUAUCGGAAACAUGCUUCCUUCUCGUGGAAAAAAUUAAUCACCUUGAUCGACGGAGAAGAAGGAAUUGAAGUAAAGAUGAAGUAUUACAAUUUAUUCACCAAUGAUCCUAUAUUUAAACAACGAGAUUUUGAUAGUUUGGAUGAAGAGCGAAGAAUAACGACCUUACGUAUUUAUAGAAUUUUAAAAUUGAAAAUCCUUUCCGAUGAGGAAUUGUUAACGAAUCCUUAUUCUCUUAUUAGCAGAAUUACAGCUGAGUUCCAUUACUGUCCUUCGGUAGCUGUCAAAUUUGGAUUAACUUUUGUUAUGUUUAGAAAUGUAUUGAUUACAUUAGGAAACGAAGAUCAUCUCGAUACGUAUUUUGCUUGUGAAAAUGGAGAGGUCGCCGGAUCUUUCGCUUUGACUGAAAUCGCUCACGGUACGAAUACCAAAGGGAUGCGAACUACUGCUACAUUCGAUCCCAAAACCCAAGAAUUUAUUUUAAAUACUCCCAACUUCGCUGCAGCUAAAUGUUGGUCUGGCAGCUUAGGAAAAUGUGCCACUCACUCGAUAAUUUGGGCCAGAUUAAUCUUACCUGACGGCACGGACGAAGGCUUACAUGCAUUUACCGUACCAGUUCGAGACCCUGCGAAUGGAGUCGCGUUCCCAGGAGUUAUAGUUGGUGAUAUGGGUAAAAAAGCUGGUCUCAAUGGCGUAGAUAAUGGAUUUGUACUAUUUAAGAGCUAUCGUAUUCCUAAAAAAUGCAUAUUGACGAAAACUGGAGACGUGACACCCGAAGGAAAAUACGUCGUUCGACAUAAAAGCAACGAAAGUCGAUCUGGCACUGCAUUCGCUGCAUUAUCCGGUGGUAGAGUAAUGAUUAUUCAAAUUUGUCUGGCAUAUGUGACUAAAGCUUUGGCUAUUGCUGUGCGAUAUGCUGGAGUACGGAAACAGUUCGGACCCAGUGAGAAAGAUGAAGAAUUGCCUAUUAUAGAAUAUCAGUUAAUUCAAUGUAGAUUAUUCCCCUAUUUGGCUGGAGUUUAUUGUGUGAAAAUAUUCGGUAAUUUGUUCGGAAGAUUUUAUACGGAAAAUAUUAUUAAUACGUUCACCGGUGGUCGUGCUCCUGAUAAUUUCGGUCCAGAAACACACGGUCUUUCUAGCGCUAUAAAACCAUUAGCUUCGUGGCUAGCCAGAGAUGGUAUUCAAGAGUCUCGUGAAGCAUGUGGAGGUCAUGGAUAUUUGAAAGCUGCUGGAAUUAUCGAUCUGCGCAACGGUAACGAUGCCAAUUGUACUUACGAAGGUGACAAUAACGUAUUACUGCAACAAACCAGUAACUGGCUAGUACAGCUGUGGUCUAAACGAAGAUCUCCUGAAGCCAGGCCGAUGUAUAGCACACCCAUGAAAACAGUCGAAUUUCUUCUAGAUUCGGAUAGGAUUCUUUCAUCUAAAUUUAAAGCCAUCACUAUCGAUGAACUGACUAAUCCAAUAACUUUGCUCGAUGCGUAUAAAUGGCUAAUUUGUUAUCUACUCGAAAUUACGACUGAUAAAUUGAAUAUGUUGAAGGAUCAAGGAAAAGACUCAUUUACUGCGAAAAACGAUACGCAAGUUUAUUUCGCUAAAACUCUAUCCUUAGCUUAUGGCGAGCAUAGCAUCCUCUCAUCGUGCUACAAUUUCGCUCUAGAGAAAGCUGAAGGUGAACCUGGAGUUCAAAAUAUCAUUAUGUUGUUAACAUCACUUUAUGGAAUUUGGUCUCUGGAGAAACACUUAUCUUACUUAUACCAAGGUGGAUACUUAACUCAAGGAUGCACUUCGUAUCUUUUUAAAGAAGCUAUAAUAAGUUUAUGCGCUCGUUUGAAACCCGAAGCUAUUUCUUUGGCUGAUGGUAUCGCUCCUCCUGAUUUUAUUCUGAAUUCUGUUCUUGGAAAUGCGGAUGGAGAGGUGUACAAGCAUUUAGAAGAAUCUAUAUUCAGUGAUCCUCAAACGUUCAAAGUACCUGAAUGGUGGAAUGAAAUUUAUACAAUAAAUUCCAAACUGUAAAUUCAAAUUGGAAUUUUUUCGAUGAGUUUGACAUGUACUUUAAAUGACAAAAAUCAAUUUUUUAUUCAUCUGGAAUAAGAAUCUUGAUGUAAAAAAAGUAACGAAUGGGGCUUGACAUUUGUAUUUAUGUCUUCCAUAUGAUUUAUUUGUGUGAUAUGGAUACGUGAUUAUUCAUGUUACCUUGUGUAGGAUUAUUACAAUAUGUGAUACGCUGAAAACAUCAUUUGUGAGUGUUAUAAAUAUCAUUAAUACUUGUUACCAUUUUAUUUAUUUUUAUAUUGGUGUUUUGUAUCGUUUUAUUACGUAUUUAGGUAAAUAAAUUAGUACAAAUUUCA